CACGAGGCCAGAGGGAGACUGCGGACCGGGUUUGUGGCGGUGAUUGUAUUUUAAAUAAAUUUACAGUGGGAACUGGCUUGUAAUCAUCAUUUCGCACAUUUUUAAUUGAUAAUAUCAAUCAGUACGACGUUUGAUUGAUUUUAGUUAUAGUUAAUACAAUGAUCAUCAGUUUUAAUGAUAAUCAGUCAUUAAUUGUAUAGGAAAAAGCCAGGGCGUGUGUGUUUAGUGCAACGACGGGGGAAUAUCUAUGACUGCCGGUGAUUUGGCAGUGUGUAAAAUUAAGUUGUGCUCGGUGAUUAUUGAAACAGCGUGGAGAUUAUCGUUAUCAACAAUCGCCAAGUAUUCAUGCCUCAUUGUAAAAAAAAGUUGUCCAACAUCAGCCAUUUCUUCCGUAAACUGCAUUUAUUUUAACGAUUAAUUUAAUAUCUGAAAAAACGGGCGCGACACUCGGAAGUGCCAAGUUACGUCGUCCUGGUGGAAAUACCUCAGGGGAGUGGGCGCGGGUGCGCGUGACCGGGUCAGCCGCAGGGGUGGAAAUUGAAGGGAGCAAAAGUGGGUAAAAACCAAAAAUCGAGGGGGGGGAUUAAAAUUCAAAACUACAACAGGCAUAAUGUGGAGCACAAUCGAAGUUUGAAUUUUUCCAAUUGAUUAAUUUAUCCACCCCUGUCACUGCUACUUAAAUUUCAUGCACAUCAAAAGUGCUGUACUUCUCGUUAACCACUAAACCUACAAUCUACCAGAAGCUGUUACCACCAAUCACCCCCGACUGUCCCCGAGAGUACGAAAAAUUACAGGAGCUGCAUUAUUGUGGAUGUAACUGGCAGGUGUCUGUGCAUCGCCACCGAAAAACCCGAAUACCACGACGUCGCAUGGUUUGCGUAGCAAACACGACGCAGUCGGAAAUAACCGAUACAAGGAGGGGCUGCCCCGGGAUAAUAUGCGGUAGAAUCUGUAGCUCGCAACUGGCAGCUGGUGGACCUCCGAUCUCUCGGAGCUCAAGGGAGUACGAGGAGAGUAGCCUGGAGGGGCAACUUUAGAGCCAGUUAAGUUUGAGUUGGCCUAGGCCAACCGUAAAAGACGAGUGAGGAUGGCGACGAUAGACGGCCGGCCGGCCCAAUAUGGUAUCACUCUCAAACAGCUACGAGAGCUUAUGGAACAUCGAGGGCGAGAGGGAGUAGGUAAAAUCAGUGGUUAUGGUGGUGUACAGGAAAUAUGCAAAAAAUUGUAUACCUCACCCAGCGAUGGCCUCAGUGGGUCAUCCGGGGAUAUGCAACACAGGCGAGACACAUUUGGCUCCAACAUGAUACCUCCAAAACCACCAAAAACAUUUUUACAAUUAGUGUGGGAAGCCCUACAAGAUGUUACUUUGAUUAUUCUUGAAAUAGCUGCAUUGGUUUCCUUAGGACUUAGUUUCUAUCAUCCUGCAGACGAUGCAGUUAGCGCUGAAUUAGACCCGAUGAUUGCAGGUUUCAACGCAAAAAUACACGAGGAUGAGGCACACUACGGGUGGAUCGAGGGUCUUGCGAUCCUCAUCUCUGUUAUUGUCGUUGUAUUAGUGACCGCGUUUAACGAUUACUCGAAAGAAAGACAAUUUCGAGGCCUCCAAAAUAGGAUAGAAGGAGAGCACAAGUUCGCUGUCAUACGGCAGGGAGAAGUCAAGCAGAUUUCUGUAUCUGACAUUGUUGUGGGUGACAUUUGUCAGAUCAAAUACGGCGACUUGUUACCUGCUGAUGGAAUCCUGAUACAGAGCAACGAUCUCAAGAUCGAUGAGUCUAGUUUAACGGGUGAAUCGGACCAUGUAAAAAAAGGAGAAGCUUUUGAUCCUAUGGUGCUAUCUGGUACACACGUGAUGGAAGGCUCUGGGAAAAUGCUAGUGACUGCUGUAGGUGUCAAUUCCCAAGCAGGUAUCAUCUUCACACUCCUCGGAGCUGCUGUAGAUCAACAAGAAGCAGAAAUCAAGAAAAUGAAGAAAGAGGCUAAAAAGCAGCGGAAGAAGAAGUCUCUCUCAGGUGAGGAAGCCGGAGAAAUAACGGGAAAUAGCCACGGAGGUAGUGGCGGUGCACAUCCACACGAUUCAGGUGAAAAUCAUCAUGCACCAAGUGGAGGUGGUGCUAAUGAAGCAGCUGCUGAAGCUGGUAAAAAGGAGAAGAGUGUACUUCAGGCUAAAUUAACGAAACUCGCUAUUCAAAUUGGUUACGCCGGCUCAACGAUAGCUGUACUCACAGUCAUUAUUCUAGUCGUACAAUUCUGCGUGAACGCAUUUGUCUUUGAGCACAGGCCAUGGAGCAAAAAGUACAUCAGUAAUUUCGUUCGACACUUGAUCAUUGGUGUUACUGUACUUGUGGUAGCUGUACCGGAAGGUCUUCCUCUAGCUGUUACACUGUCUCUCGCCUAUUCCGUCAAGAAAAUGAUGAAGGACAACAAUUUGGUGCGUCAUCUUGAUGCCUGUGAGACAAUGGGCAAUGCAACGGCAAUCUGCUCAGACAAGACUGGUACACUGACGACUAAUCGUAUGACAGUCGUCCAGUCGUACGUGUGUGAAAAAAUGAGCAAAACCAUAACAUCGUUCAGUGAAAUACCCAAUCACGUUGGCAAUUUACUCAUCCAUGCGAUAUCGAUAAAUUCGGCGUACACGUCCAGACUAAUGCCAUCGCAGGAAUCAUCCGAGCUUGCAAUGCAGGUCGGUAACAAAACCGAAUGUGCCUUACUUGGAUUUGUAUUGGCCCUGGGCCAGAAUUAUCAAACGAUACGAGACGACCAACCCGAGGAGACAUUCACGCGGGUGUAUACUUUCAACAGUGUUAGAAAAAGUAUGUCCACUGUUGUACCGAGACCGGGCGGUGGCUACAGGCUCUUUACCAAGGGUGCUUCCGAGAUCAUCAUGAAGAAAUGUGCCUUUAUUUAUGGUCGCGAUGGACAUCUGGAAAAGUUCACCAGAGAUAUGCAGGAUCGUCUGGUUAAGAAUGUGAUUGAACCCAUGGCAUGCGAUGGACUACGUACAAUCUCCAUAGCAUAUCGCGAUUUUGUUCCUGGUAAAGCAGAAAUCAAUCAAGUGCACUGUGAGAGUGAACCAAACUGGGAGGACGAGGAGAAUAUUGUGUGCAAUUUAACUUGUUUGGGUAUCGUGGGUAUCGAGGAUCCAGUGAGACCCGAAGUACCGGAGGCCAUAAGAAAAUGCCAGAAGGCUGGUAUAACAGUGAGAAUGGUCACUGGUGAUAAUAUCAAUACAGCAAGAUCAAUUGCCUUCAAGUGUGGUAUUCUAAAGCCCACUGAUGAUUUUCUCAUUCUCGAGGGUAAAGAAUUCAACAGGAGAAUCAGGGAUGCACAUGGUGAGGUGCAGCAACAAUUGCUAGAUAAAGUGUGGCCAAAAUUGAGGGUACUGGCAAGAUCAUCACCAACUGACAAGUAUACACUUGUUAAGGGUAUCAUUGACAGUAAAGCAACAGCGAGUCGUGAAGUUGUUGCUGUAACUGGUGAUGGUACAAAUGAUGGUCCAGCGUUGAAGAAGGCUGACGUUGGCUUUGCCAUGGGUAUUGCUGGCACUGAUGUCGCCAAAGAAGCUUCCGAUAUUAUUCUUACCGAUGAUAACUUCUCAUCAAUUGUAAAGGCUGUUAUGUGGGGAAGAAAUGUAUACGACAGUAUAGCCAAAUUUUUGCAGUUCCAAUUGACUGUGAAUAUUGUUGCUGUUAUUGUGGCAUUCAUUGGUGCAUGCGCUGUUCAAGACUCACCACUCAAAGCGGUACAAAUGUUGUGGGUCAAUUUGAUUAUGGAUACAUUAGCCUCACUUGCACUGGCUACGGAAUUACCAACACCAGAUCUACUACUUCGUAAGCCAUAUGGACGCACGAAACCACUUAUAUCAAGGACUAUGAUGAAGAAUAUCCUAGGUCAAGGGAUCUAUCAGUUGGUCGUUAUUUUCACACUUCUCUUUGCCGGACACAAGAUUUUUGACAUCGACAGUGGUCAGCAAACUGACCAUACCCAUGCUGGUAUGCCAACACAACAUUUCACGAUCAUAUUCAACACUUUUGUCAUGAUGACCCUGUUCAACGAAUUGAAUGCCAGGAAAAUUCAUGGUCAAAGAAACGUCUUCCAGGGAAUAUUCACCAACCCCAUAUUCUAUUCAAUUUGGAUUGGAACCGCCUUGUCUCAAAUUGUUAUCAUUCAGUAUGGUGAUAUGGCAUUUAGCACAAAGGCUCUCGAUUUAGAUCAGUGGAUGUGGUGUCUGUUCUUCGGUUUUGGUACACUACUGUGGGGCCAACUAGUCACGACUGUUCCUACACGCAAACUUCCCAAGAUAUUCUCAUGGGGUCGCGGCCAGCCAGAUGAUAUUGGUGCUAUCCAUCUAGGAGACGAGAAAUACGACCCAGACUCGGAUAAAAAGCCGCGCGCAGGACAAAUUCUAUGGAUCCGUGGUCUAACACGGCUGCAGACUCAGGUGAUAGGUGGCGAGUUGCAGGAACGUUUGAUACCGGUACCCUACAGCAAGAGCUCGACAGACCAAGCUAUUCGCGUAGUGAACGCAUUUCGGCAGGGCCUAGACACGCGUUAUGGUGAGCACAGUGGCUUGACCCUAGCAGAGGUACUACGGAAACAGUCAUCAUUGAGCAAGCGGCACUCACAAACAAGCAGUAUCGACUAUGCAGACAACAUACCCGAUGAACUGAACGUACCUGAAAUUGAUGUUGAACGUCUCUCGAGUCACAGUCACACAGAGACGGCAGUCUAAUGAGUUGAAAUAAUAAUUUUAAAAAAAUAAUAAGCCAAUUUGUUAAUACUAGACUGACAUCAUCAACAGGAAGCAGCGCAUUAAUACUAACGGACCGUUGAAGAACGAGGAAUGGGUGAAAUAAUGAACUGAAGCAGCUUUGAAAAAAAAAAACACUAUCCGAGUCAUCUACGCACUGUUCACGGCGGUACUAGUGAUGACAGCUUUGUUUAUUUAUUUUUCACGAUCAACAAUAAGUGAAAAUUGAAAUUAAAGUGCAGGUGGGGGAAAAUUGUCGUUGGAUGGCCAAGUGGCCUCGCUUAAUAUGUGCGCGAAUGUUUAAAAAAUGAUUAAUAAUAAUUUAAAUACUGUUUAGUUAUCGGGGAUAAACUCUCUGGAGACGUCUCCUUGUCGGGUGUGCGCGAAUAAUAAGGGAUGAUGAGACUCAAUGUGCGGUGGUCCUUUGACGAAAGAAUGAGAACAAAUGAAAAAACAAAAAAAAUGUUAAGAUAAAGUACAUAAUUUUCUCUAUGUCUGUCUCUCUUUCUCCAUACGAGUUGACAAAGGGAAUAAAUUGGACUCAUUAAGGGUGAACGAUAUAUAUUAAUUGCCAGAGGAAAGGGAAAGGGAGGCGGAAGAGAUGAAUCGAAUUCACUCCACAUAAUUUGCACGUUACUCGUGCGCUCUGCGCUUCAAACGUGAUCUCUCUGCGGGUGAUUUUUUAUAUACGGGGAUAUUUCAUUGUGUGUCAAUGUGUGCUUCAUUUUAUAUGCCCAAGCACAUCAGAAAAAAUCGCCGUAACUGGCGAAUGUCGCACUAAAAAACAUGAAAAAAGUAGAAAAUACCGAAAUAACGCACCACUGCCUUCCCAAUUUCGUCUUAACUGUUCGUCUGUUGUUUACAAUUCUCUUGUGUCCUCUGUUUGUCGAUGUAUGUUAAUUAACGAACCUCAAAUCUCGUGUAUCGAAUCAACAUUAGUACUUGGUUUUUUUUUUCACUCAUUUUUAAAGCACCUGUGACAGUUGAAUUUUCAAGUCUAAUUAAUAGCAUUGUAAUGUACAUUUUGUUUUUGUUCGAUAGAUUUGUAUUUUUCAAUGCUGACGAUUGAUCAAUCGCCAUUGCACUUCGGCAAAAGUCGUAUUGUUGCUAUAUUGCGGGGUCAGUCACACAAGCACGGAGAUGUAUGGGUAUUUUCAGGUGAGCCUGGUUUUCUAAUGACAUUUUUAAUCUCAAUUUUGAUAUUGUUGUAAAUAUGUUGAUUGCAAGAGAAUGAUGGAAUGAAUUCGCUACUGAUCACUGGAUCGAAAUUAACUCAUCCUUGUCAGAAUUACGAUGACAUGUACUGGAUGUUAAUUGACGGGGAAAAUUCAUCCUAAAUCUCCAAUGUUUAUCCCAAAUUGAAAUUUAGAAUGAACUUUCCCUGUUCUCACAAAAACGCGACCUUUCAAGUCAUCAUAUUCUCAACUAAAAAAAAUAUUUUGCGUUAAAAAGAAACUGAAAAAGAAUGCUCCGUAAUACUGAUACGAGAGAAAAGCUGCCAAGUGGCUCACAUGAAAAAAAGCCCAGCGAAUUAAAAUUAUCCAGGAACUGCCACGCAUCGCCUCGCGCGUCUCCUUCCGCCGCAAAGAGAGAAAUCGAAAAAAAAUCUCUUUCUCUUUCGCUCUCGCUUUAACUAUAUAUUAAAGACGAAAAAUAACAAUUGAUUUCUCUAGCCCUCGGUUUCGCCGUAUCAUUAAAAAGCUGAUUGAAAUUGAAAAAGCAACAUAAAAAAAGUAAAUUGUAAAAUUAAAAAAACCACUAAGAUAAAUGAACUACCCACCUGCCUAUCCGUCGCGCGAUCGAAGCUACACCGUUACGUGACUUAAGGAUUAUCUAGUCAUUUAGUUUGUAUCAAUGUACUUCCGCGAAUAACUCUGGGGGUGCCUUACCGCGAAUAAAAAAAAAAAUAAUAAUAAAAUUGGGUACUUAUAAAUCGAGGGUACCUCUAACGUAGAUGAUGAAAAAGGAAAAAAAAGGAAAAUUGAUUAAACAAAAAAAAUUAAAUGAAAAACAUUAAUCCGCUUUUGGAGGGGGGUAAUCGAAGCUAAAAUGAUUAACGAACAUGAAUGAACUUAAAAAUGAACAAAUGCAUUAAAAGAAAAUGAAAUUAUUAUGAAUACUUACGGCGUGUUUACUCUAAAUAGUACCUAUAUUCAAUAAAGUAUUGUAACCACCGCCGGACCGCCGUUAAAUUACGCUUAGGAUAAUAAAUCCACACAUUGUACAAGUCCAAGCGCUGCGGCGACGAAUAAUAGGUAUGAUUGGUGAUUUUAAGUGUUAAUCAUUUAUGAUUAGAUUGUGUCGAGUAUCUCUAGUGUGAAGUAAAGACGAAUUGACGCGAAAAAAAACUUAAAUAAAAUAUAAGUUUCAGAAAAAAAAUGAAAAAAAUAAGAAUACAAUAAUUUAAAGAAAAUACAAAAUACGUACACAGGCGAAUUACUGUGUAUGAGGUAAUGCGAACAGGGGUGUAAACAGGUUACACGUUAUUAAAUAGCAACGCGUGCAUAACUACACAUUUAAUGAUGGAAAACAAAAAUAAAGAGGCGGAAAAAAAACACGAGGUACCUAAGCAUAAGAGCUGUUCGACGUGGAAAUCAGAGAAGAACAUGGGGCAAAAAUGUAAACUAAGGGAGAAGAAAAAUAUAUAGAAUAGAUUAAUAACCGCGUGCUAAGCGCGUGGCUGCGGCGAGGGUGCGAGGAGGAAGUAUCUAAAAAUGUUACCCACUUGCGAUAAAUGAUUAUUACAAUAUUCAAGUCCCAGGGGAAGGGGAGAGAUAACUGUAGCAUGCUGCGGGCUUUUGAAGGCAGCCUGUUCGUUAUUCAUGGAAUGUAUUUUGUUUUUUUUUUUUAAUAAAAAAUGGAUAAUGAGUGAGCAGAAUAGCGCGUUACGGUUCAUGUGUCAUUACGAAUUUUAGUAAAAAAACGUCGCGUCCUCGUUGCGCCUCGCUCUCUUGUUAUGCGACUUAGGUCGACUUAGUUUUUCUUGAGAGGAUUUUGAAAAUAAAGAGGAAAAUUAAACAGAAUUAAAAAAAAAUCCUAAAAUAAAUAAUUACUGAGAUAAGAUGAAACUUAGAGGUUUUAACUUUUAACGAUGGUCAUUUUACAUAGAGGGAUUACUUUAGAUGACAUGAAUCGCAUCAAAGAGAAUUGUUUACAAUAAAAAUAAAAAAUGAAUUUGAAAAAAAAAAUAUUUCAAUUCAAUGAGCGUUUCUAUGUCCCUCUCAUGCUUGAGGGAGUAUCUACUUAAACUGCCGGGAUGAUGUGCAUGCGGAUAAUUCAAGUGCGUAAUGUAGGUAAUUAUUAAGUAUGAAAAAUAAACAAAAACUAAAGGAAUGUAAUAAACUAAAUCAUGGGUCUAUCUUUCGCGUCAGGCAUUGUAAACAGAAUAAUUUUGUUUUCAAGGAAAGAAAUAAUAAUAAUAAAUAUGAUUUUUUUUGGAUGCAAAUGAGUGCAAAUGAAUGAUUUUGCCGUAUUAUUGAAUUGGCAAUGCUAGAUACGCUUAGUUAAUCUACCCACGUUGGACUUUUUAAUUGAAGAUUUAAAUAUAUAUAUACAUAUAAAUAUAUAUAUUAUAAAUCAACGAAUUGAAGCGAUCGUUUAACACCGAUCGACAGAUCGAGCUUCGUCCCUUUUCGCUAAUUAUAAAUAAUUAUGAAUGCGCAACUUGGCCUGUUAUAUUUCAAGUUCCAAAACAUGAAGAAAACUUAUUAAAGAAUUAAAAAAACAAGUUGAAAAAAAUCCAAACGUCCCGAUUGCGACCAGGAGUCCAAGCACGGUGACAUCGUUACAAAAUAACGUCGUGUAUAGUCGAAUAUUAAAAAUUAUGGAAAAAAAACUAAUGAAAGAAUCGGUGCGAGCGUCAUCGUUAUCGUGUUAUUCACUGUUAUUGUUAUAUUUCGUAUAUUUAAAUUAUUAAUACUAUUAAUGACAUCGUUCAUCGAUACCAUCCGCUUCCUCUUUAUCUUAUUCCACUCACUCCCCCAUCUUAAUAAUUAACGCACUCUGUAUUGUGAGAUAAACAGCAACAGAAAAAAAAAUGCAUUAGUGGCGCUCGUUUUUAUGAGCGAGUCCACAUGUCAAUGCAUUGUCGGUCGAACGAACGAACUGUCAAACACAAAAUAAAAAAAAAAAUUACAAAUAAAAGACGAUUUAUUUUUAUGAUUUUUCAUUAGCACGAUGCGGCUGUUUUGUAAAUGUACACAUCGCUAUUCUGCAGAUCUGAAUCUCAGUAAUGGCCUUCUAUGUAUGCAAUUUGUUUUUUUUUUUCAGCAUUUUGUUUUUCGGUGUACUAAAUUUUAUAUGGCGUUACGCGUGGUAGAAUUUUUACAGAAUUAAUCAUGACAGCCAUAACACUGUAUUGGUAGAUAAAGAAAAUAUCGUGUAUAUGUACUUGUAGAACAACGAUGGGUACACCUGCAAAUAAAUUGUAUGCAAAACAGCCUUCAGUUCCAACACACAAAUAAAUUUAAUCAAUUUAAUUAGGACAGGCGCGUGGGUACGACGCAAAGAAAGCGUUUCAACCGGACUUAGAGAAAUUAUAAUUCACCACUAUGUGUCUUGUGACUCGGUGAUCGAACUAGUAAAAAAAACUAUUGUAAGUAUUUAUAAAUAUAAAUGAGGCAGAAUGAGAUUGGAAAAAACUAUAACAACCAUGAAGACAUGAACUACGAGGUAAUCCAAUUAUCCGAGUGAAGUUGUUCACUCGCUGAUCUAGGCGUACACUGAAAAACAAUUGUCAAGAGCACAGCCGCUCCUAUUACUGCUGUUAAUAACUUGUGACUAUUUCAACCCUUACCAAUAUCUAAUACUACUAGAAUCAUUAGUCAUAAAAGUGGAAAGUACGUGAUUACACUACAAAAAGAGUUAACAAACUAUUGCGAUGCAAUUAAUAGCAUUUCAGUACGUGAUGAUUCAUUUUCAUAAUUAAAAGAGCAAGGAUAAUGACACUCACUCUUAGUCAAAAAUACUGAUAAGUAUUUCAAUCUUAAUAUUACUACAAUUAAAAUCAAUCUUUGCAGUUGAUGAUUGUUCGAUUGUCGAUCCACACAACAUCCUGCACUGUAUUAAAUAUUUCUUGCUAUAGUCGGAAGCGCAGAAAUGAUGAUACUGAAAGUUCCCAGAGUUUCACAGUUCUAAAUACAUAUUAAAAAUAUAUACUCACAUAACAAAAACUCCCGAGAGUUUGUACAAGAAAUUUAAUCACAAAACUAAUUAAGUUACUUUCCGAUGUUUGAUAUUUUUAACUAUUUCAUGCUUCUCUUUCCUAAUUGACUCUAUCGUCAUUAGCGUGAGUUCAUACCCAAGUUUUCAUAGAAUUUAUAUAACAAAUGAAAAGUAAAAUCGCUCUCCCCGCCUCCUGAACGAAAUUACAAUCUUACACGUAGUCGAGAGUUUUGUGGAAGUCGUUCGUUCGGUCGUUAAUUAUAUUUACGUUGACAGUGACAUUUAAAAAAAUAGAAUAUCCGUAUUCAAUGAGAGAAUAGCUAUUGUCUGUCUUACCUGUCUCGCCGCGGUUGGGACCAAAUGUCUGUUAUAUUUUAAGCUCCAUAAUUUCUGCUUUCAUCCAACGAAUCAAUGCGCCCACAAUCCUACUUUAUUCGUCCAUCUGCGGAGUGUAUUCAUGAGAUUACCGACAAAAUCAUCAAUAAUUGCUAUAAUUAUAUUAACUUUGAACAAAAAAAAAUUAAAAAUUCGCCGAGAACCCGACAUCCUGACAUCAUCGAUGCCUCCAUCACCAACGAAAUUGUAACAGGAAAUUAAAGAGCAAAAAUAUUAUUAUAUUUGAAAGAAACAUUCUAUUUUCACUGCAUCCAUGGCAAUGUAUACUUCAUCCUUGUAUAUUUGAAACGAACUAAUCUGUAUCCAUUAAGUAAACGUUCUUAUUCGAUUCACCAGAGGCGACCUGUGCUUAGACAUAACGCAUUAAUAAUUAAUAAAACUUCUACCAAUGAUAUGUUUGUCACGCAUUGAACAGAAUAUGUGUAUAUAAAAUCAAACGCAUUAGGAUAAUAUGAAUUGCUAGAUAAUUGGAGAAAAGAACUACAUUUUAAAUGACAUCAACAAUAAUUAAAUAUUUAACAGUGAAAAACUUGUACAUAUGACUUCUAACUCUGAUAUUUCCUAAUUAUAACUUCUGAAGCGACUGGACUUGAGAUUUUCUCGUUUUAAAAUUAUUUUUACGAAAGUAUGUCUGUAAAGUGUCAGUCUGCAUGUUUGUCUGUCUAUCAACCUCUCUUCGGCUCGUAGAAAUUCAAUCUUAGAGAAACAAUUCGACAUUGCUAUUAAACCUUAACGAAUCUAGUUACUGGGACGAUUCUUCGAAGGCUUUCUGCAACAUCAUUGGAUAAUAAAGUUCUGCGUGAAGAAAUCUGCUAUUCGAUUUGCACUCUCCCGCAUGCCGCCACUGCUCGACGAUGGAUAAGCAUGUGAAAAUUCAUUUAUAAAAUUGACGUAGAGCUCCGAUAGAGUCAUUGAUUUUGCAUUUUUUCUUCAAUCAUCGGUGCCCUUGGGAUAACUUGGCUCAUUAAAAAUUCAAGUAGCCAAGCGAGAAGACGCAAGAGAAGGAAAUUCGCGGAAAAUACCACGGGAGGAUGAAAAAAUAAUUAUGCAUAUAAAAGAGUUAACUUCGUUAUUCAGAGUAAAAUCAUAUUUUUCUGUCGUUACUGUUAUUAAUUAGUGUAUGAUAGGGGUUUGAGAUUAAUACUUUAAGUGAAAUACUCAGUUAUUGCAAUUAACAAUAAUAUAAGAGAUCAUUUGAAUUGAUGAAGAAAAUUCGGUAGCUCGUCGUUAAGCUCUCACACACUCCUCAGCCACUACAUUCUCGAGAAGAAGAAUGCAAUAUAAACCGAAUGCAAAGUAGAUGCUGCAUUAAUGCAUGGCACAAUUCCUUCAAUAUUAAUAUCAUCAAAGGAAUAACGACAGCGUCUCAUAAACUCCAAGAUGAAGAACUAUGAAUGUCAUAAUGAAAAGGAAUAAAAAAUGAGGAUAAGACAACCUGAAUUUAGACCCAUUUAUGCUGAAAAAAAUGAUAACUGAGUAAAUCCCAUUGCAUAAACCUCUUUGUCUGCUCGCUGAGACUCAAUUUUUCACGUUUAUAAUGAUAGGUCUUAAAUUUCCGUUCGUUAUUGUGGGUUGAGCCAAUAUAAUUGAAUUUAUUUCAGACAGGAUGGGGAAUGACUAGUGAAGUACUAUAUGAGAGCUAGUAAAAAAUAGGAAAAAAAAUCUGGCGAUAGGGCUGAGUUCAAUGGCGCUGUGGGUUCCGUCUCGCCUACGUUAUGUACAUAAAGCACUGCCCUACUUAUACUUGAGGAAAAAUGUAUAAAAAAAAAUCUUGAUGAAUAAAUUUCCGAAGAGAAAGCUACGCGACUUAUUUGAGAAACGCACCAGUGGGAUUGAGUGCAAUAGAGUAUUAUGAACUCAGCGGAAAAGUUGAUUGCACUCGGCUAUAAUCAUGAUUUAACGUUUAAAUUUUUAAAUUAAAAAAUUCAAUUGCAUUGAGCGAUCGAUAUGGGGGAUAAUCCGCGGAAAAAAAAUCGAAGACUUCACGUGUUACGGUUACUACUGUGGAUUAAUUUUCACGUGAACUAAAUUCAGGCAACGCUCCUUGCGCAUGAUCGAUUGAAUUGAUGUUAGGGCUAGCUAAUCAACUGCAACUCAACCACAAAAAAUGCAGUACAUGGACCUGUUAAAAAUAAUAAGCCUGGAGAAGAGGAGAUAAUGAAAAUAAAAUAUGUCAUAUGAAAUUCGUAACAUGGAAGGCGCGUUAUGAUAGUGGAAACGAGUAUAAUCCCUGGUCUGUCGCGGCAUCGCAUGCGUGUAAGAGAGAUAUCGAUAUUUUUCGACGAGCAUUGCUCUUAAAAAAAUGUUAAGCAACACAGAAAACAAGUGAAAGAAAACUCUCGGAGUGGAUGUCUAAUGGGACGGCACCCUGUAGCUACUCUCCCAAGACUUCAUGAAUUUAGCAGGAGUAUCGCCACUCCCACGAGCAUAGACAAAAAUGUACCUAUGUAUAUUUAUAAAAGAAGCAUGCGUUGAAAAGUUUUAGAGGUGAUGAAACACAGGUUGAAAGACAAAUUCAAUGAAGAGAAUCAUUAAACUGAAUGAAUUUAAGGCACUUUUAAUCACACUCUGAGAUACCAAGAUACCACGUAAAUGAUUAAUCCUAAGGAUAUUGAAUUUCCGUUAAUAAAAAGAAAUAAAGACCUCCGUGGACGUAAUGACUAAUGCAAUUUGAAUUCACUCGGGUUUUCGCCCCCUAAAGCUAAAUAAAUACUCAAAUUUCAAAAUGAAAAUAAUUUCAACUAGUCAAACCCUGAGUGAAUUUGAACAAAUCUUCGAAAAUUUAUGAUGAAAAAAUAUAUAUAUUAGACGGUAUCACAAGUGGUUGUUAAACAACAAAAAAAAAACCAUUAAUUAUAUAUAAUAAUACUGAAUAAAGUGAUCCAGCAUUUUGUAGUGUCUGGAUAAUUUCUGUUAUUUAAUAUUGUACAUUGUUUAUUGUAAACGUAAAGUCUUUUACGAUUAUGUAAGUUUCGCAGAAUAUGCAACUGUAGUUAUAUUUAAAUAAUGAGAUGUUCACAUCUCAGUUCCGAUUAUUUAUACCUAACUAAAAAAAGCGUUUAUCCCUCGGGCUAUAUCUAUUUCUUAUCGCCACUCACUCCACUCCUGUCUCUCUAUCUUGUCCAUACAUCUAGCGUAAUGAGACGAAAAUAACAAAAUCUAAAUAAAUAAAAAAACCAAGUAAUUGAGAAUAAAGAAA